AUGGUUCACUGGAAAGCUGCAUUGCUUAUAACCAUCAUAAUGUUAUUGCUUAUAACCAUCGUAAUGUUAUACCUUUUCGUAGCAUCUAUCCAUUUUUUCGAGCUCAAUUACGAUACCGAUUUCAAUUAUCCUUUAAAACAAAACAUAGUCGAAUGUGUUCAAGCUUUAGCAGCUGAAAAACCACUCCCGCAAUGUAAUAUCAUCAACUCAUACAAUUACUCUUUCAUAAUCAACAAUGAGAAGAUGAAAUGCAUUCCGUCAGGUAACUCCUCAGUUACACUGGUUUUGAUAAUAAAAUCAGCUAUUGAUAAUUUCGGGCACAGAUUAGCCAUACGAAACACCUGGGGAUACGAAGAACGUUUCUACGAUGUUGGAAUAAAACGUAUCUUUAUGUUGGGUGCGACUCGAAAUAGAACAAUUUUACAAGCGAUAAGCAACGAGCAAGAAGAAUUUGGCGAUAUAGUUCAAGCUGAUUUCUUCGAUGCUUACCAUAACAAUACGAUCAAAACAAUGAUGGCAUUCAAAUGGGCUGUUAGAUAUUGUGACGCGAAAUUCUACCUAUUUUGUGACGACGAUAUGUACAUUUCGAUGAAAAAUGUCCUCAGAUUUAUUCGUAACCCGACCGAAUAUCCUCAAUACUUGCAACGAUCCAAUGGUAAAGAAGUUGACAAACAUUUGAAUAAAGUUACAGAAUAUGGUUUGCCUGAAGGGAUGAAAUUUAUAUCCGGGUGUUUUGCGUUUUCUCAUCCUGUUCGGUACCAAAGCAAUAAAUGGUAUGUUUCUUUGGAUGAAUACCCCUAUGAUAAAUGGCCCACUUAUGUAUCUGGUGGUUCAUAUAUUGUUUCGAGAGAGGUACUGAAGAACCUGCAUUACGCUAGUUAUUAUACUCAACAUUUUCGAUUUGAUGAUGUUUAUAUUGGGAUUUUGACUAAAAAAUUAGGUAUUGAGAUGUUCCACUGUCCUGAAUUUUAUACUCUUAAGAAAAUUUAUGAUAAGAGUAGUUUUAAGUAUGCGUUAAGUUCGCACGGUUACCAUUCUAGUGAAUUGAUUAAAAUAUGGAAUGAACAGAAAAUGAUGGGUAAUGCUUGAUGUUUGUAGUGUUUUGAGAUAUUCUUUUUCAGCUGUGAUCAUUUUUAAAUAUUUUUCGAACUAAA